GCACUACACAAGAUUAUAAAUUUAUGGCAAAUAUAUAAACAAUCUAAUCGAAAGUUACGAAAAAAACCAAAAGAUAAAUUUCAGUUUAUUUGUGAAGAAAAACUCUCACUUGCCUUUAAACGGCAUCUGAAUAAUGGGUGAAAUUCAAGCCAGGACAGUUUUGUGGCAUGUAGUAUUUGUGGGAUUUGCCAUCAACUAUCUGGUAAUCAUCAAUCUGAACAUAGCAAUUGUGGAAAUGGUCGCACCAACUAAUCACCAUAAUGCGUCAUAUCUCGAGUCAUCAGCAGCAAAGAUACGAAUAGAUAAAACAGAGUUCAACAACCUCAGGAACAUAACAUUUGGUAAAAUAAAUGGGUCGACUUAUCAGAUGCCAGCUGAUGUUCGGCCUUCCCAAUCAAAAUUAAAAGAAUUUACGGAAGAAGAUAAGAAACUCCAGAACAAACUCGAAAAAUUCCAAUGGAAUGAACAUCAGCAGGCCUUGGCUUUGGGUUCAUUUUUCUGGUUGCAUUGGUUAACACAAAUUCCCGGUGGAAUAUUGGCCAAGAAAUAUGGAACAAAGCUAAUAUUUGGCCUAUCGAACGUUAUUACCUGUUGGAUAUGCAUGCUCAUACCCCUUGUGUCAUAUAUGGACCUUAAGGCUCUGUUGGUGCUUAGAAUUAUACAAGGAUUACUAUCUGGUUUAUCAUGGCCUGCCAUGCACAGUAUGACCGCCAAAUGGAUACCGCCCAACGAACGCAGCAAAUUCAUUACAUCGUAUUUUGGUAGUGCGGUGGGUGUGGCGGUGGCAUUUCCCUUGUUUGGCUGCAUUAUCCAUUGGCUAUGGUGGCCAUGGGUCUUUUAUAUUACAACAAUUGUGGGUACUGUUUGGUGGCUGGCUUGGUUGUAUUUCGCCUAUGAUACGCCAGCUCAGCAUCCACGCAUUAGUGCCAAGGAAUUGACACACAUUGAGAAGGCACUGGGCAAUACCAUAGGCAAUCAUCAAACACUAAAAAUUCCUUGGAAGGAUAUUUUCACCUCAAGACCAGUUUGGAUGAAUGUCAUUGGACAAUGGGGUGGGGCUUGGAGCAUUUUUACUGUAAUGACUCAAGCGCCAACGUAUUUUAAAGUUAUUCACGAUUGGGAUAUAAGAGCGGCUGGGGUCUUCUCAGGCAUUCCGCAUUUACUACGCAUGAUAUUCGCUUAUUUUUUCUCAUUACUUGCUGAUUAUCUUCUGAGGAACGAUAAAUUGAGCCGUACAAAUGUUCGCAAAUUAGCUACAGGAAUAAGUUGUAUACUUAACGGUUUGAUGAUGCUAUCACUAGCCUUGUUGGGAACAAAUCGCAUUCUAGCAAUAACAUUUAUUUGCUUGGCCACUAUGUUUCAAGGUUCCGGAACUUCUGGUCCCUUGUCAUCCAUGAUCGAUAUAGCACCGAACUUUGCAGGAAUUAUUUCUGGUUUAUGUGGCACUAUUGGCUGCAUGCCCGGUUUUCUUUCGGCCUUUAUUGUGGGUUACCUGACGCUAAAUAAUCAAACAUUUGAAGCCUGGACAAAUGUUUUCUUAGUAGCUGCCGCUGUGUUAUGUGGAUGUGGCUUCCUCUAUGUCUGCUUUGCUGAUUCUACCCUUCAAAAAUGGAAUGACAAUCAAGCCAGCACUGAUGAAGAUAAACGAGAACAACUGAUGAAGGAGGACACUGAAAGAAAAAUUUCCUAAAUAGAUUUGGUGCAAAUUCUCAGUCAUGGUUAUGUUAAAUAAAACAGGGAGUAUUAAAAUAGCUAACACACUCUUUUGCCAUUAGGUAUAAAAGCGGAUAUGAAUAUGGAUAUAAGAAAAUAAUCAAAUAUUGCUUUUUCUGAGAAUUUACUGGAGAAUUUGUGGUAAUA